UUCAUAGUAGGCAGUGUAAAUGGGCCUUACACGGCUGUAGGGUUGUAAAUAAUUUUAGUUUUCUCUCUUCAAAGAACAAACCAGCGCUUCCUCUUGAGUCAGGAGGAGUCUGAUGAGGAGCCUGUGACGCGCAAACCAGUCCUCCCUAAGGUCCCCUCCAUUCCACCUCUGCCGUCACUGUUGCGUGAUGCCAUUUCCUCAUCAGAUGAAAUAUCUCCUCCAGCUAGUCAACUUGCCUCUCUGCAGCCGUUUCACGCCCUUGGAACUCCUCAGCCAUCCUACCAUCUUCCCUCCCAGCCAUCUCACCACCAUGGAACUCCUGAGCCAUCCUACCAUCUUCCCUCCCAGCCGUCUCGCCACCAUGGAACUCCUGAGCCAUCCUACCAUCUUCCCUCCCAGCCGUCUCGCCACCAUGGAACUCCUGAGCCAUCCUACCAUCUUCCCUCCCAGCCGUCUCGCCACCAUGGUACUCCUGAGCCAUCCUACCAUCUUCCCUCCCAGCCGUCUCGCCACCAUGGUACUCCUGAGCCAUCCUACCAUCUUCCCUCCCAGCCGUCUCGCCACCAUGGAACUCCUGAGCCAUCCUAACAUCUUCCCUCUCAAUCGUCUCGCCACCAUGGAACUCCUGAGCCAUCCUACCAUCUUCCCUCUCAAUCGUCUCGCCACCAUGGAACUCCUGAGCCAUCCUACCAUCUUCCCUCUCAAUCGUCUCGCCACCAUGGAACUCUUGAGCCAUCUUACCAUCUUCCCUCUCAAUCGUCUCGCCACCAUGGAACUCCUGAGCCAUCCUACCAUCUUCCCUCCCAGCCAUCUCGCCACCAUGGAACUCCGGAGCCAUUCCAUCUUGCCCCUCAUGCUGCUUCUGAGAUGGACCUGCACUCUGCAUUACUACGAGAGAUCAUUGCCAAGCAGGAGGUGAUGUGUGAUAUGCAAAGAAAUCUGCUGCGGAUUGUUCAGGAUCUCUCUUCUACACCUACACCCCAUGGACACCACAUGGACGGAAGUUUCCUGCCGUUGAGGGAUGCUGAGUCUCUUUUGGCGCUGGACCGCGACAUUAAGACAAACCCAGAGAAGAGAAAGGACUUGGUGCUGACACUGGGCCUUGCUGGGGGCGUAACCCUCAAGGACACUGUGUGGAGGGUCAUGAAGAUGCUUCUUAAGAAUGACUUGGCCUGCAAAAUCAAUUGGACAGGCCUCCAUGGCAAAACAUCAUUCCAGGGCCUAGAAGUCAAAAAUGUUGUUACAGAAGCCAUUCGGAGAAAUCCUGGAUGCAGAGAAUCUACGAACCAGGAGGUGGAGCAAUGGUUGAGGCGUUGGUUGUAUUUGGCUGGCGAUCGAGAGGGGGGUAGGAGGAGGAGAAGCACAGUCCUCCACCACCAGCGACCCACCAACACAUAGUCAGGCACAUCAACACAUAAUGUCAGGCACACACACAUAUGCAUUUCACUUUGGCCAUUUCUGGCCACACUUUAAAGGGUUAGUUCACCCAAUAAUC